AUGGUUUUCGGCUGGGGAGAAUCUCAAGAUCAUUACGAGCAAACUCAAAACCAAGACACUGCCAGUCUCGGUCAUGAAGUUCUCGCAGGUGGUGCUGGUUUCGCCGCCAUGAAGAUCUUCGAGGACAGACAACGCAAAGAAGGCAAGACAGUUUCCCACGCAUUCGCUAAGGAGCUCCUCGCCGGUUUCGCCGCUGGUGAAGUCGACAAGUUGGCUGAGACCAAGGGUGAGGACUGGAUCCGUGAGCACCGUGUGAGAGAGGAGUCCAAGAAGCAAGCCGAGCAUCUCUAUGAUCAACAUUACGGUCAAGAUGAUGAAUAUGACCCAAACCAACGUGGUCCCCCAGAGCACUUCAACAGAUACGAAAACCAAUACUAA